AUGAAGGCCAUGGAGGAUCAAGUAGUCCAAGAAGAACCAGGAUACCAGGAUGAUGAGGAAUCUUUUUUUCAGGAUAUUGACCUGCUACAGAAGCAUGGAAUUAAUGUAGCAGAUAUUAAAAAACUAAAAUCAGUUGGGAUCUGCACGAUCAAAGGAAUCCAGAUGACCACAAGACGGGCACUGUGCAAUGUAAAAGGGCUUUCAGAGGCCAAAGUGGACAAGAUUAAAGAAGCCGCAAACAAGCUUAUUGAACCAGGCUUCCUGACUGCCUUCGAGUACAGUGAAAAACGGAAGAUGGUAUUUCAUAUUACUACUGGCAGCCAGGAAUUCGAUAAACUUCUGGGUGGUGGGAUUGAAAGCAUGGCAAUCACUGAGGCCUUUGGAGAGUUCCGGACAGGCAAAACCCAACUAUCUCACACCCUUUGUGUGACAGCUCAGCUUCCAGGACCAAAUGGCUACACAGGUGGAAAGAUUAUCUUCGUUGAUACUGAAAACACUUUCCGACCAGAUCGUCUUCGUGACAUUGCUGAUCGCUUCAAUGUUGACCACGAUGCAGUACUUGACAAUGUGCUGUAUGCACGUGCAUAUACUAGUGAACAUCAGAUGGAAUUGCUUGACUAUGUAGCAGCCAAGUUCCACGAAGAAGCUGGUAUCUUCAAGCUAUUGAUCAUUGACUCCAUAAUGGCACUUUUCCGUGUGGAUUUCAGUGGUCGUGGAGAGUUGGCUGAACGACAACAGAAACUGGCUCAGAUGCUGUCAAGGCUCCAAAAAAUAUCAGAAGAAUAUAAUGUGGCCGUGUUUGUGACCAACCAGAUGACUGCUGAUCCAGGAGCAACUAUGACCUUUCAGGUGGACCCAAAAAAGCCCAUUGGGGGCCACAUCCUUGCUCAUGCUUCGACUACCAGGAUUAGUUUGAGGAAAGGGAGAGGGGAGCUGCGUAUUGCAAAGAUAUAUGACAGCCCUGAGAUGCCUGAAAAUGAAGCCACAUUUGCAAUAACUGCUGGAGGGAUUGGGGAUGCCAAAGAAUAG